UAUUAUUUUUUUCCUUAUUUUUAGUGAAAGAGAACGAGGUCACUCCUCGUCUUUCUUCUUCCUCCUGAUGAGGCGGCGGUGGUCGAAUACCUCUCGAUCCGGCGGCGGCGGGAGCAGCGGUAAGUUCUCCUGCCCUACUCUCAAGGACCUCGAGGCCCUCCUACACGACGACCUCGCCGACUCACCUUGCCGAGUCCUCCACCGCGCCCGCCCCGCCGUUCGCGCGAUCCGCUCGAUCCCUUCCUCCUCCUCCUCCUUCUCCGCCGAUCCCCUCGACCGCCGCCGCCGCCGCAUCGUCCUCUACUUCACCUCCUUAGGCGUCGUCCGGCGCACCUUCGACGACUGCCGCGCCGUCCGCUCCGUCCUCCGCAGCCUCCGCGUCGCCGUCGACGAGCGCGACGUCUCCGUGGACGCCCGAUUCCGUGCGGAGCUGCAGGCGGCUUUCGGCCGCCGCUUCAGGCACGUCGUCCUUCCCCAGGUCUUCCUCUCCGGCCGCUGCCUCGGAGGCGCCGACGAGAUCCGCCGCCUCCACGAGUCCGGCGAGCUCAGGGCCCUGGUGGAGGGGAUCCCCUCGGCUCCGACAGCGCCCUGCGGGGUCUGCGGCGGCGUGCGAUUCGUGCUCUGCGCGACCUGCAGCGGGAGCCGCAAGCGAUGGUGGUGGGGCAGCAAGGGCGGCGGAUUCCGGGCUUGCGGUGAGUGCAACGAAAACGGACUUGUGCGCUGCCCCGAUUGCUUCCCAGCAGCCGUCUGAUCCAGAUUGCACGGCUCUGUUUUUUUGGAACAACAUAAACAAUCUUUUUUUUUGGAAAUUUUUUUCAUGAUUGUAAAUAAGGCAUGCGAAAUUAAAGAAAAUUUUCUAAUGUUUUCCAUGGCUUCGUUCCAAACCAAUCGAACCUAACUUUUCUCUUGAAUAUUUUACUAGAUCAAAAUUCAAUGGGUUCCUAUCCAACUGUAGG